GUUUCCCUCCCGUGAUAGGCGGCGGCGGCGCUGGGCCUGGCGGCAGUGAGGGCCUCCCCAAGCAUGCUGUACCUGGUCGGGCUGGGCUUGGGAGAUGCCAAGGACAUCACGGUGAAGGGGCUGGAGGCGGUGAGGCGGUGCGGCAGGGUGUACCUGGAGGCCUACACGUCCCUCCUCACGGUGGGCAAGGAAGCGCUGGAAGAAUUCUAUGGAAAAGAAUUGAUUUUGGCUGACCGAGAAAUGGUGGAACAAGAAGCAGAUAGCAUUUUAAAAGAAGCUGAUGUUUGUGAUGUCGCAUUUCUUGUAGUUGGUGAUCCUUUUGGGGCCACGACGCACAGUGAUUUAGUACUGCGUGCAGUAAAACUGGGGAUUCCAUACAAGGUCAUUCAUAACGCUUCAAUAAUGAAUGCAGUGGGCUGCUGUGGUUUACAGUUGUACAAUUUUGGAGAGACAGUUUCUAUAGUUUUCUGGACAGACACAUGGAAGCCAGAGAGCUUUUUUGACAAGAUCAAGAAGAACAGGCAGAAUGGAAUGCACACACUGUGCUUACUUGAUAUUAAAGUGAAGGAGCAGUCUCUGGAGAAUCUAAUGAAAGGAAGAAAGAUUUACGAGCCACCACGCUACAUGAGCGUGAAUCAAGCUGCAGAACAGCUUCUUGCCAUUAUUCAAAACAGGAGGCUGCAAGGAGAAGAACCAGAAAUUACUGAAAACACAAUUUGUGUUGGCCUUGCACGCGUGGGUGCUCCGGAUCAGAAGAUUGCUUCAGGCACAUUGUAUCAGAUGUCCACAGUGGAAUUAGGCGGUCCACUACAUUCUUUGAUUGUUACAGGCACUAUGCAUCCCCUGGAGUUAGAAAUGCUUCAGCUAUUUUCUGUAGAUAGUUCCAGUUUUGAAAACAAUGCAUUUCAAAGGACCACUUAAAUAAAAAUAAGGCAUUUAAAUUUUUA